AUGAUCUUUGGCCUCUUUGACAAAAACGUCAAUGUUAUGCUCGAAUUGAAAGUGGACGGUCUGGUAAGGUCGCCCAUGAGCCGCCCUGGUUCUUUGGGUCCGGGGCAAACGGCGGACAAUCUCCAAGCUACAGCAGAAACGUAUCUGACCGAGUACCGCGUCAACGACUUGCUGACGUGGCUGCUGCGGGAGCUGCUCGUUCACCAGCCUGCAGAGCCCAUCCAGUUCAUGGUGGACUUGAUGACUUUCCCCGGGGAUCCCUCCAGAGCCACCCAGGACGGCCGCGGGCUAAGCGAGUACCGGAAGUCGAAGCUGCUGGCGCUCUUUCAUCAGAUGGACAAGGACGAUUCCGGCUCCGUCGAGUUCAAGGAGAUCUACGCGCACUCGUCCAAGUACGGCGGAAUGGCCCUCACCCCGGAAGAGCUGAAGGCGGUCUUCCAAGACUUCGACACGAGCGGGGAUAGCAAAGUGACGGUCGACGAGUUCCUCACGUUCUUCAGCCGGACGCUUGUGCAGUGCAGCAACGAAGAGUUCGAUGAGAUGAUGAAGGAAAUGCUCGACUAGUAAGCUAGUUGACGGGUACCUUAAAGAUAUUCGCGGACAGUGCGUUCACGAUCGUGGGUCAAGCAAACACGAUCGAGGUGGUUCAAGCACAUGUCGUUUCCCCACUCCAAUGCUCGUGCGGGUAAUCUUUGGACAGAGAUUUGUUUACGUGUUGGGCCGCGGUUCGCAACAAGCCCGUUGCGGGCCAGGCCGGGCGCUUGCUUGUAGAAGUUUGGGCUCUGCGCAAAUCAAAUUGAGACCUGAGUACGUGACAAACGAUCGCGAGACUGUUACGACAGAACUUAGGACCUUUCGACAUCAUAUACAUAUUAUGGCGGCGGUCAUCGAUUUUGUUACCAGUCUGCCACUGACAUGAGAG